CACUCUAUUUAUAGAACUGCAGUAAUGAAGUUUAAUCAUAUAUGUGGUUCUUACAUUUUCCACCAUGGCCUCUCACUUUCCCAGAAACCAGAGGUUCUCAUUUGCUGCUGUGCUUCUUCUUUUUGAACUAUUCACAGUAAACCUUAUCACAGCAGAUGCUCAAAUCGGUGUGUGUUACGGCAUGAUGGGCAACAAUCUACCAGCAGCUAAUGAAGUUAUAAGUCUUUACAGAUCGAACAACAUAAGAAGAAUGAGACUUUACGAUCCCAAUCAAGCUGCUCUACAAGCCCUAAGAGAUUCAGGCAUUGAACUCAUUCUUGGAGUGCCAAACUCUGAUCUUCAGGGUCUUGCCACAAAUGCUGAUAAUGCUCGUCAAUGGGUGCAAAGGAACGUGCUGAACUUUUGGCCAAGUGUCAGAAUCAAGUACAUAGCAGUUGGAAACGAAGUGAGUCCUGUUGGAGGGUCCUCUUGGUAUGCACAGUUUGUUCUACCUGCUGUACAAAAUGUAUACCAAGCUAUAAGGGCUCAAGGUCUUCAUGAUCAAAUCAAGGUUUCAACAGCCAUUGACAUGACCCUAAUAGGAAACUCCUACCCCCCAUCACAAGGUUCCUUCAGGGGUGAUGUUAGAUCAUACUUAGACCCUAUAAUAGGGUACCUGCUAUAUGCAGGUGCACCUUUACUGGUCAAUGUGUACCCUUAUUUUUCUUACUAUGGUAAUCCUCGUGACAUAUCACUUCCUUAUGCUCUUUUCACUGCACCCAAUGUUCUGGUUUGGGAUGGCCAAUAUGGGUACCAGAAUUUGUUUGAUGCUAUGUUGGAUUCAGUGCAUGCAGCCAUUGAUAAUACUAGGAUUGGUUAUGUUGAGGUUGUUGUGUCUGAGAGCGGGUGGCCCUCGGAUGGAGAUUUUGGUGCCUCGUACGACAAUGCACGUGUGUACUUGGAUAAUUUGGUUCGUCGUGCUGGUAGAGGAAGCCCUAGAAGGCCUUCAAAACCCACAGAGAUUUAUAUCUUUGGCAUGUUCGAUGAGAAUGGAAAGAGUCCAGAGAUAGAGAAACAUUUUGGUCUGUUUAGUCCCAACAAACAGAAGAAGUACCCCUUUGGAUUUGGUGGCAAAAGGGAUGGGAAGAUUGUUAUGGAUGAUUUCAAUGCAACAAAUCCCCUUAAGAGUGACAUGUAAUGUAAGAUUGGAACCUAUACUUUGUAUUCCACCCAUAAAAUAAGAGAAAAUUUACCUUUUGUUAUAA